AUGUGUACAAGGGACACGGCAGCGUUCAGCCAAAUGGUAACCUGUUUCGUGGCAGUUUCGGCUCCGGGGCGAGUACGCUCGACCAGCACGCCGCAGAAGUUGGUGUUAGCGCAGCGUCCGACUGCUCCGCGUCUGGGGGCGUUCGCUCUGCGCGCGAAGCGCCGGGGCCACUCCCGGUUGAGUCGACCAGUUUCGGCUGGAAGCGACCUACCGCGACGACCUUCACGUGUCGCCGAACAGAUUCGACGAGAUCUGGCGGAGAUCUUUCUGCACGAGCUGGUCACGUUCAAGAAAGUCGGAAAGGAACUGGUUCCGCCGACGUUCAGAACCAAGGAUAUUUCAGUCCUAGAAGUGAGCGUCACAUCAGACUUACGGACUGCCCAGGUCGAGAUAAGCGUCCUCAGUGCAGAGCCAAGUCCCCGUUCCUGCGUCGAGUGGCUGAUGCGAAAUCGUUGGGAAAUUCGACACGCACUGGCCCAACGGAUGCGGCACCAGAAGUUCGUUCCUGAACUACGCUUCCGCGAGUCUCGCGUGCCACAAGUCAUGCGCACGCUGCAGCUUAUCGAUCGGCUCGCUGCGGAACGCCGGGGUCGUGAAUCAACAGCAUCUGAAGACCCAGAAAUAAUGCAGGCCGCCGCAAGCCCAGCUAGUGACUUUGAAACCGACGAUACGAUUCGACCAGAGGAACUGUUUUUAAGCUUACCACCCGCUAAACCUGAUGCUGAAGAAACCGACAUAUUGGGCGAUGAUGUUGCCAGCAUCGGUAGUGACUUUGAAACGGACGAUAGAAUUCGACCAGAGGACCUGUUCGUACGCAACCUGCCCGCAGAAACUGAUGGUGAAGAAACCGACUGA